AUGAGACCUAGAGAAACCCCCAGGUCCCGGGACACUGAGGUUGGGGGGAGAGACCUCGAUCGCCGGACAGUCAGCUUCCGCGCUUGUGGCGAGGUAGCAGGCACCGCGACCCGUUCCCCAGGAGAGAAUCCUCGGGGAAACGUGCACCUGGGGGGGCAGAGGGCCCAAAUUAAGAAUCAGGGCCCAUGUUGGGGGUGGGGCUCAAUCAGGCUGCGGGGUUUUGAAACCGUUGGACUCCUUCUUGCCAAGGACGGUGCUACCCUAGCCCCUUCCUUUCCCUGUCUCCCUCCCCAGAAUAUCUUGAGCGUCUCCAAUAACAACUACUACCCCGUCGCUGUGACCCAGCUGACCAUUGAGGUUCUGCACCUGUCCCUCGUGGUGGGGCAGGUCUCCAACCGCCUUCUCCUCCGCAUCGGCCCUUUGGCCAGUGAGCAGAUGUUGUAUACGGUGGCCAACAGGAUAUGGGACGAGAACACAUACAAGAUCUGUACCUGGCUGAAAAUCAAAGUCCACCACGUGCUUCUGCACAUCCAGGGCACCCUGACCUGUUCCUACCUGAGCCAUUCAGAGCAGCUGGUCUUCCAGAGCUACGAAUAUGUGGACUGCCGGGGAAACACAUCCAAGCCCCACUUGCUGGUCCCUCGCCCGCCGUGACCUGUCUGCUGUCGUCGAGCUCCGGGCACCUGCCGGCCUGGUCUGUAUCUCCCACCACUCCGUGGCACCCAACGGGACGAGAGUGACUUUGCCAGAGGAAAAGCCCUGCUUUAUCAUACCCUCCCCCUGUUCACCCCCAGCAGAGGAAGCUUUCUGUGGACGUUAACUUCAUACACACACACACACACACACAGCCUCACACCCUCUCUGAUUUCCACAGGAACGGAAGCCUGGUUCUUCUCGAGGCCAGCACCAGAUAUUCCCCUUGGUCCUGAGGAAAGUCUGACCUGACAUUUCCUCAGAGCUGCCUCAGAGGCAUGGAGGGGCCCCCACACUUUCUGUGCUGAGCACCUUGGUUGCCCAGCUCGUCCAGGGAAGCCCUUCCUCCUGCCUGAAUGUGGAGAAAGCUUUCGUUUUGUCUG